GAGAAGGAGCAGGUACAGGGCAGGUAACUCCUUACUGGUAGAGACAAGCUUCCCUUCCUGGUUUGAAGGCCUUCAGUGCGAUCUGGAAAGAACACCAUGGUGUUCUUUGAAAUUUUCACUCACGAGAUGAAACCAGGGUGCAGUGAAGUGAGAAAACAACUCUGACUAAAGGGACAUUUUGCCCUAAAUAAACAGCUCUUCAAAUCCCGAUCGGAUGAAGGCUCACAGGUAGCUCCCUGGGCUUUCACAAGUCUGUUAAAUGAUUGCGUUCGAGUCAGAAGCUGAGUUGCCUGAACAUGAGUCCUUUACAGAUGAUUUGAGAACAUCUACACUCAGAACUUAAUGCCAAGCUUGGACUCUUCUGGGAAUGACCCAAAGACCGUACGUAUGUUACCUUUGACCCUGAUGGAUGCUGCUACUGUCUAGGAACCCUCCUCACAUCAGGUGUGUGGCACACACCUGCACACAGGGGAGGAGAAGCCCAUAGCAUGGGUUUUCAGAUGUGUGUACCUUUCGGUCCUUGGAGUUGGCUGCUACUGCUAAUGGUCCUCGAGUGCUCUGAAGUGACUUCUGAUUUGAAUGAAUUCACAAAUUCCACUGCCCAGCAUGAACUUAAUGUUCGGCUUGCUGCUGCCAGCUCAGAGCCAGAUGGGAAGAUAGCUGUCUUUGCACUGGAUUAUGACUACGUGCAAAUUCCUUAUGAGGUCACCCUCUGGAUACUUCUAGCAUCUCUUGCAAAAAUAGGCUUCCAUCUUUACCACAGACUACCAGGCCUUAUGCCAGAAAGCUGCCUCCUCAUCAUUGUUGGAGCCCUAGUGGGGGCAAUCAUCUUUGGUACUGACCACAAAUCACCUCCCGUCAUGGAUUCGAGCAUCUAUUUCCUGUACCUCCUUCCACCCAUUGUUCUGGAGGGUGGUUACUUCAUGCCCACCAGGCCCUUCUUUGAGAACAUCGGCUCCAUCCUGUGGUGGGCAGGCCUGGGGGCCCUGAUUAAUGCCUUUGGCAUUGGGCUCUCCCUGUUUCUCAUCUGCCAGAUCAAGGCCUUUGGCCUCACCGAUGUCAACCUGCUUCAGAAUCUGCUGUUUGGCAGCUUAAUUUCAGCUGUGGACCCGGUGGCUGUGUUGGCUGUGUUUGAGGAGGCCCGUGUGAAUGAACAGCUCUACAUGAUGAUCUUCGGGGAGGCCCUGCUCAAUGAUGGCAUUAGUGUGGUCUUAUACAACAUAUUGAUUGCCUUCACAAAGAUGCAUAAAUUCGAAGACAUAGAACCUGUCGACAUUUUGGCUGGAUGUGCCCGAUUCAUUAUUGUGGGAGUCGGUGGAGUACUUUUUGGCAUCAUUUUUGGAUUCAUUUCUGCAUUUAUCACACGUUUCACUCAGAAUAUCUCUGCAAUUGAACCCCUCAUCGUCUUCAUGUUCAGCUAUUUGUCUUACUUAGUUGCGGAGACACUCUAUCUCUCUGGCAUCUUGGCAAUCACUGCCUGUGCGGUGACAAUGAAAAAGUAUGUAGAAGAAAACGUGUCCCAGACAUCUUACACAACCAUCAAGUACUUCAUGAAGAUGCUGAGCAGUGUCAGUGAGACCCUGAUCUUCAUCUUCAUGGGUGUGUCCACUGUUGGGAAGAACCAUGAGUGGAACUGGGCCUUCAUCUGCUUCACGCUGAUCUUCUGCCAGAUCUGGAGAGCCAUCAGUGUAUUUACUCUCUUCUAUGUCAGUAACCAGUUCCGGACUUUCCCCUUCUCCAUCAAGGACCAGUGCAUAAUUUUCUACAGUGGUGUUCGAGGAGCUGGAAGUUUUUCACUUGCAUUUUUGCUUCCUCUGUCUCUUUUUCCUAGGAAGAAAAUGUUUGUCACUGCUACUCUAGUCGUUAUAUAUUUUACUGUAUUUAUUCAGGGAAUCACAAUUGGCCCUCUGGUCAGGUAUCUGGAUGUUAAAAAGACCAAUAAAAAAGAAUCCAUCAAUGAAGAGCUUCAUAUACGUCUAAUGGAUCACUUGAAGGCAGGAAUUGAAGAUGUGUGUGGGCAAUGGAGCCAUUACCAAGUGAGAGACAAGUUCAAGAAAUUUGAUCAUAGAUAUUUACGGAAAAUCCUAAUUCGAAAGAACCUGCCAAAAUCAAGCAUUGUUUCUUUGUACAAAAAGUUGGAAAUGAAGCAAGCUAUUGAGAUGGUAGAGACUGGGAUACUAAAUUCCACAGCCUUUUCCAUACCCCAUCAGGCCCAGAGGAUACAAAGAAUCAAAAGGCUUUCUCCUGAAGAUGUGGAGUCCAUGAGGCACAUUCUGACACACAGCAUGUACCAAGUCCGCCAAAGGACCCUGUCCUACAACAAAUACAACCUCAAACCCCAAACAAGUGAGAGGCAGGCUAAAGAGAUCCUGAUCCGCCGCCAGAACACCUUACGAGAGAGCAUGAGGAAAGGCCAGAGCCUGCCCUGGGGAAAACCGGCUGAGCCCAAAAACAUCCGCUACCUCUCCUUUCCCUAUAGCCAUCCUCAGUCUGUGAGAAGAGAUGUGAGGGCUACUGAGGCCACAGAUAAUGAUAGCAGUGAUUCAGAACUCCUGUCCAUUAUGUUCAGUCCACCCCAUCGAACAGGGUCGUUUCCUGAUAGAAGACUGGCGCAGGACAUGAUCCCAAUGAAGAGCCUACACAGAGAAGGGAAACCCUCCAACUUCAACUUGAGCCAUCAGAGAAACCCAAGCCAUGAAGAGCAUGUUGGAGACAGAAGGGUGGUGAUAAGGCCUAAGCCACUCUUUCAUGCAGUGAAUGAAGAGUAUGAAUCUGGAGAGGAGAGUGAAGAAGAGGCCGCCACAGUUGGGUCCAGAUGGUCAGCUGCGCACAGACACAGCAGGGAACAUCAUAAGUCCCAUAGCCCUUUGCUCCACAGAAAAUAGUCUUCUGGUUCACAAGAUUUUUCUGUAUUUUUCAUUAGUCCAUCUUCCAAUUAUUGUGAAAGAAGAAUUUUCAGAGUUCUGAGGAAACUUCUUCAGUUUACUUUUUUGAAAUUAUUAGACACAUCUAUAAGAAGCAAGGGGAUUUUUUCAGAGGAUUGGGUACAGACUUGCAGACUCUACCACAUUCUUAGCUGGUAUACUUUGCAGAUGAAUUUGCUCAGCCAAAGCA